CUUUCCAGACUUUCCUUUCCCGACAACCCUCUGCCCCCUGAGAAAAAAAAAAUUGUAAUUGUUGUACUAAGUUUUAGUGUUUUACCCAUAAAGGAGGGAAAAUAAUUAAGCAGACAUGGCAGAUAGUGUUGUGAGUUUCCUGUUGGAGAACUUGACUCAGUUGCUUACCCAAGAAUCAAAAUUGCUACUUGGAGUUAAGGAUCAAGUCAGGUCACUUGAGAACGAGCUGUCUCUGAUCAACCUCUUCCUCCAAAAUACUGAAGGCAAACGACGAGACGAAUUGGUGAAGGAGGUAGUCAGCCAAAUUAGGGACGUAGCCUAUGAGGCUGAGGAUGUUAUUGAUACAUUCAUCAUUACUGUGACAGAGCACAGGAGAAGAAGCAAGCUGAGGAAGUUAAUCCAUUCAUGUGACCGAGCAAUUACGUUUCACGAGGUUGCAAGCAAGAUAGAGCGCAUCAAGAGCAUCAACAAGGAAAUUAACGACAAUAGGAGCAAGUACGGCAUAGAAAUUGCUGAAUCAUCCGGAGGAGAUGCAGAAGCAGAGGGGAUACUGCACAGGCGCAGGAAACAUGUUGAGGAAGAUCAAGUAGUGGGCUUCGUUCAUGACGCUGAGGUAUUGGUGAAGGAGCUUAUGGAAGGGAGUUUGCAACGGAAUAUUGUUUCAAUCAUUGGCAUGGGCGGCUUAGGCAAAACCACUCUUGCUAGGAAGAUCUACAACAACAAUGAUGUCGAGAAUUCCUUUGAUUUCCGUGGGUGGGUUUUUGUCUCUCAAGAAUAUAGAAUCAGAGAGCUGUUGCUUGAAAUUUUGAAGGGACUGACACCACUGCCAAGAGUGAUGUGUAGAGCUGAAUUGAAAGAGAAAUUACUCAGUGAGUUGGAAAUUAUGUAUACCUUGAAUGAGGAAAUAUUGGACGGGACACAAAUUCUGGACCUUAAACUUAUCGAGAAAAUGAAUGAUGAAGAAUUCAGAAAGGCAUGGUCUAAGUUCUUGGAAAGCAUAAAAGUGGAAGAUGGUUGCACCGAUAAAGAAGAAAAAAAAGAAGAAAAAGAGAAAAAAGAAGAAAAAAAAGAAAAAAGAAGAAGAAGAAGAAAAAGAAGAAGAAGAAAAAAAGAAGAAGAAGAAGGAGAAGAAGAAGAAGGAGACGAAGGAAAAAAAAAAAAGGAAGAAGAAAAAAAAGAAAAAAAAAGAAAGAGAGAGAUACUAGAUUUGAAAAAUUUGUUGUCGGACUUCGUUCAAAAUUUUUACAAGAAGAAUGGUGUUAAAUUGCAAGAUAUGACAGAUGAUGAAUUGAAAAGUGUACUGCUUGAAAGCUUGGAAGACAAGAGGUACUUAAUUGUCAUGGACGACAUCUGGAAAACUGACGUAUGGAUUGAGGUAAGUCCUGCCUUUCCGAAUAACUCAAAUGGGAGUAGAAUAUUGAUCACUAGCCGAAUAAAAGAAGUAGCAUUACAUGCAACUAGUGUUAAUAAUGGUGUUCCUUCUAUUGUCCCUUAUGAACUCCCAUUUCUUAAAGAAGAUAAAAGUUGGGAACUCUUCCGUAAAAAGGUAUUUUGGGAAGGUACCUGUCCUCCAGAACUAGAAACUCUAGGUAGACAACUUGUGAAAAGUUGUCAUGGUUUACCACUUGCUAUUGUAGUAUUGGGAGGUCUUUUGGCGGGUAAGGAGAAAACACAUCGAAUAUGGUCAAAAUAUAUGGGUCAUGUCAAUUCAUAUUUGACUGAAGAUGGAUCAAUAGACAUAUUGGCUCUAAGUUACAAUCACUUACCCCGGUGCUUGAAACCAUGCUUUCUAUAUCUUGGAAUCUACCCAGAAGACUUUGAGAUACCAGUGAGGCAACUAAUCCGACUUUGGAUAGCUGAGGGAUUCAUACAGCAAAUUGGGAAUAGAAAUAUAGAGGAUGUUGCUGAGGACUACUUGGAGGAACUCAUUAAUCGAAGCUUGAUUCAAGUGGCAGCGAAAAGGCUAGAUGGAGGAGUCAAAUCAUGUCGUAUCCAUGAUCUUCUGCGAGACCUCUGUAUAUCGGAGAGUUCUGGAGAGAAGUUUCUUGAGGUUGAUUCAAAUGUUAACCUUUCACCAAAAGGCAAAUCUCGGAGAAUUUCCAUCCACUAUGGCAACAAUCCGAGCCCUUGUAAGCCUUCAAAUAGUCGCUCUAUAAUAGUUUUCAAGGGGGUUGUUGAGCAUGAGCGUCCUGUUGAUAAAAGCUACUUGAAAUGGAUUUGCACAAGUAACAAGUUGGUUCGGGUGGUAGAGCUCAGAAAUAUAGGCAUUUGUUGCUUAAUCUCCAAGGGAAUUGAAAAGCUGGUCCUACUGAGGUACUUAAGCAUUUCGUCUAGUGAGCUUCAUGUCAUUCCAAAUUCCAUAUGCAACCUUUGGAAUCUAGAGACUUUGGACAUGAGAAAUUCUGCAAUGAAAACAAAAUGCUUGCCGAAGGGGAUAUGGAAGUUACAAAGAUUAAGACAUUUGUACCUGGAUGGGCCAACAUCUCUACCUAAAACUAGAAAAGAAACUGCGGCUUUACCCAAUCUUCAAGUCCUUACUGGUAUAGCUAUAAAUGAAGACACCAAGAAUCAUCACUUUGCCAAGGCCAGAUUCCCUAACCUAAAAAAAUUAGGAUUGUAUCCUUUGAGAGGGUUAAAGUCAGGGAUAUUGUCAAGCCUCCGUCCCUUGUGUCAUCUACAAACUUUGAAGAUUUAUCAACGUUAUGAGUUUUCAAAUGAAUCAAAUCCAACUUCAAUUUGGUUGACCCUCACAAAAAUAACCUUAGUAGGUGCACCCGUUACUUCAGCCAUCAUGCGAGUGUUGGGUAGCCUUACCCAACUUCGAAUACUCAAAGUAAGAGGAUCUGCCGAUCAUCACAUCUCUGGUUUCCUCAAUUGCGAUGAAAGAAGUUUUCAGCAACUUGAAGUAUUUAAAAUGGCAUAUGUGGACGGUUCUGAAUGGCAUAUGGGGCAAGGUGCAAUGGCAAACCUUCAACGUUUGGUUAUCGAAAAUUGCAUUGGUCCUUGUCUGCUCCCGGACGAACUAUGGUGCCUGAGUGCCUUGCGGGAUGUGGAAGUUUUACAUCCCGAUAGAUAUUUCGCAGAGAGGCUUCGACAGUUGCAGAUGAGGGAUGGAUGUAAGCUCAAUGUCUAUCCACCUCUCAAUCCAAUUAAUUGAGAAAAAGUUGAUAAGUUGUGCUAUGCUUUGGUGCGGUGCUGAGACCUGAGGGGUCAAUGGUCGUUUGCUUUGUCC